GCAGCCACGUGGAAACCUGUGUGACCUUUGCACCCGUAUUUCUCGCCGCAUGGCUGCAAGAUUUCUGGCAAGAAGGCUAGCCAUCGUAGUUUCUCUCAGCCGUCACCGAAUCGCUCACACGAAGUCUUAUCCAACAACCUCCUACCGUGGGAUAAAGCCAGCGGCUACACCGAUGAUAGCGAGAAAGAUGACGUCACCAGCAGACUCACGUGCCGGAGCAGACACAACUACUGCGGUGGUGGGAGUGGAGGAGGAAAAUGAGGAGGUGGGACAGGGAGAGGGUGUGAGGAGUGAGGUUGGUGAAGGUGGAGGAGAUGGUGGUGAGGGUGUGUCUGGGGAGGAAGACAAGUACCAAUACCUCCAGCGAGGGUUCACUUCGGAGAUCUUCAAGAUUGAGAUUCAGAACAUUCCCAAGUACAUCGGCUAUGGCGAGCUGAAGAAGAAGUUGGAGAAGCUGGGGCUGAAGCCUGUAAAGAUAAAGAAGCCACAGAGGUUCCAGCAUCAGCCUCACUGCUUCGUCACGUUUCGUUGCGAGGAGGAUAGGGAGUUUGCACUUGAAGCGCUAAAGGGAGUCGUUUGGAAGAACAAAACCAUCACUGCAAAGGUGGCAGCACCGUCAGUGGACCCUCUAUACAGACAGAGGAACAAACGGAAGACAGCAGCAGAUAGUGGGGCAGAGGGUGCUGCUAAGAGGGCUCGCAUUGAUCAGGAGCAGUCUCAACUUUCACUAAGACAGAGACUGGACAAGGUAGUGACCCCUCUCCUGGGAACAGCCUAUGAAUCUCAACUGGCCACGAAGGCAGCUCAGAUGCGUCUGGCUCUCCAGAAGGCCGCCUACCUCAUUCAAAAGGAAGGGUCAAAUCCUGGAGGGGAGUUUGCAAGACAAGUCGACCUCCAUCGGGGCAUGAUGUGUGAGCUGGAACCCAUCCUGGCCUCUCCUCUACAGACUGGGUACAGGAACAAGGUAGAACUUACAGUGGGAACUCAGCCAGAUAAUACACCUGUGGUUGGCUUUCGACUGGGCAGCUACGAAGAUGGAGAGUUCACGGUGGUGUCACCAGAGCACUGCGCCCAUAUUCCAGAGAGAGUGAAGCAACUCGGUCAGGUGUGUUGCGUCAGUAAACGGGCCGGCUGUGAAUCAACUCUAAUCUCCUUUCCCGGCCUUCUGCGCCGUCAUUCACGGUUGUGAAUGGCGCGUGCUUCCCAUUGUGUUUGUUGUUUCUCCAGGCAUUUCAGGAAUUUUUCGCGACGUCGCCACUAGCACCUUACAGAGCCUCUGAUGAAUCUGGGUACUGGAGGCAGGUAGCUGUGCGUUGCUAUACCACCGGAGAGAGUAUGGCUGUUGUUAUGAUCCACCCUCAGAGUCUUUCACAGGAGGAGCUGGGGCAGGAGAAAGGAAGACUGGUGGAUUUCUUCACCACUGGGCCUGGCUCUGCCAACCCUCCCAACUCCCUCUAUCUCCACCCGUUCUCCAGGAAGUCAGUAUACAAUGGAACCCCUCUAAUCCGGGACACUAAUGGGACAGAGUAGAGUGUCCAUUCUAGUGAUUCAGGGGUUAACAAUAGCUGUUCUUAGGGAGAUGAAAAGUGUGCCUUUAUUGGACCACAUUUCAGGGAGAGGGGUUCCACUGUAUAUAUAUAAUGUUGUUUGGUUUUGUUACUGAAAAUGCUGGGUUUGAAGACACGCUCAUUUCAAUUUGGUGUUUUUUGGGAGUUGGCGGUGAUGUGAAACCGACAUUAGUUUUAUCUCUCCCCCACUUUCACGUUGUCCCCAGAACAAAGGAUCAUACUGUGGACAUGGAGCACCUGCUGGGAGAAAAGAAUGUACACGAGGAAGUUCUGGGGAUGAAAUUCCGGAUCUCUCCCGAUGCCUUCUUCCAGACAAACACCCCCGCCACGGAGCUGUUGUACCGCCAGGUACGCGACCUCUGUCGCCAUGGAAAUCGUUCUUCCGAGUCAUCGCCGUCGUUGUCGUCGGACGUGGCUUCGUCGAGACCUGCCAUAUAUGACAUCUGCUGUGGCACUGGAACAAUCGGACUCUACCUUUCUAAGGUGUUGUGUGCUAGAAGGUGUGUGGGUGUGGAGAUGAACCAACAGGCCGUGGAAGAUGCUAGAGCCAACGCUCAGCUGAACGGUAUAGAGGAUGUGGAAUUUGUGUGUGGAAGAGCAGAAGAUGUCCUCCAGGGUCAGUUGGAGGAGGAGGAGGAGAGUGGGGGGCCGGGUGAGGUGAUUGGCGUAGUGGAUCCUCCCCGGGCCGGGCUACAUCCCAGAGUGGUCCAGUGCAUCAGAAGAAACCCACAUAUCCAGAAACUCAUCUACGUAUCAUGCAACCCCGAAGGCCACCAAACACUUGGCAACUUUGUGGAUCUCUGCAGAAGGCCUUCUCUGAGAGUCAAGGGAACUCCGUUCACUCCGGUGGUGGCUGUUCCAGUCGACCUCUUUCCCCACACCCCUCACUGUGAAUUGGUGGUCCUCUUCCAGAGAACAACUACUGCCUCCACGCACACCCAGUCAUCAGCCCCUCCUCCUGGUGAUGAGUCAUUGGUUACUGAGUCAUCAGCCCCUCCUCCUGGUGAUAAAGACUCAUCAGCCCCUCCUCCUCCUGGUGAUGAGUCAUCAACCCCUCCUCCUGGUGAUGAGUCAUCAGCCCCUCCUCCUCCUCCUGGUGAUAAAGACUGAACUUGUGUAUAUCACUCUUCUCUUGUCAAAAUCCAAAGUUGCAAUCAUUGUUCAUGUGACGUGCAGCGUGCUCUAGUGGUGACUAUUUUUAGGUCAUCAUCAUGGUUUAUGGCUUAUUA